GGUUUUGUUAACGUGCUAAUAUAUCAACCAUGAGAGUCUUGACAUAUCUUGUAGUUUUAUGUUUGUCAAUAAGGCGUUGCAGCAAUUCUUCAACUUUGGCCUUUUUAGGUAAAAGUCGCAUCAUAAGCGGUAAGGAAGAGCCGGGAUGAAGCUUUGAUAUGUUCGCUAAUGCAAUGUGAAUGCGGGUCCAGCCAAGCCUGAAAUUCCACGCUUAUUUCCAGCAUUGGUGACGGCGAUCGGAGUCCCACUCCAGCGGGAUAUGACGUACCACAUACACAAUUAUCCUAUGUAACACAAGCAAAGGGACAAGUCGAACCAGGAAAGCGCCGAAAAAGGCGAGAGGACCAUUCCUUCUUCAAGGUAAUUCUUCUGACUCGACAUGUCGUUUCCUUUCAUAUAGUGUCUUCAUUUUUUGUAUAACUACUAUAACUACUAGGUAUAACUACCCCAAACUGGCGAGAAGAAGCUACGAAGAUGCCAUCACAGCUAGGAGCUGCUAGGGCUCUCGCUUUACGCGUUGGUCGACAGAGCUCUCCUAGCUAUAGACUCACAUCGUCGCCUCUACUAAGACAAAUAAGACCUACUCAUGUUUGUCAAUUCAGUAUUCUAUCCCGACCGAAUUCUCCAAAACGAAAUGACCCUUCCAAAGCUGUCCAAUGGCUAUUCCCGUCGCGGCGCAUUGUGCGUGGAAUUUCAGGGGAACCACUCCGACAAAGACGAUCCGCAAUCCUCAACUUCGCAUAUCGUACAGCUGCGAUACUUGGUAUAGGAAUUGGGUUUGUGGGAGCGUUGCUUGCCGGUUUUUUCAUAUACGACUCGACAACCUACAAAGAAUCGUCAGUUACCUUUGGCGAUUGUCAUGUGUCUGAGGCGGCUCUAUCCCCGCCCCGGGGAGGACCUAAAAAUCUCCCCGUCAUAGAAGCGCUUCUCGAUGACGACGAAAAUGAAGAAGCAAGAAAGAAAAAGACUAAACCUCGCCUUGUGAUUCUAGGAGGUGGUUGGGGAAGCGUUGCGCUGUUGAAACAGCUUAAUCCCGACGAUUACCAUGUUACGGUUAUUAGUCCUAAAAAUUACUUUUUAUUCACUCCUAUGUUACCAUCCGCAACCGUCGGUACCCUAGAACUCCGCAGCUUAGUUGAGCCUCUUCGCAGGAUUCUUACCAGAGUCGGAGGGCACUACCUCCGAGCCUCAGCCGAGGACGUUGAGUUUUCGCACAAAUUAGUUGAAGUUUCGCAGAUAGACUCUAAGGGAAAGGAGGUCAGGUUCUACGUACCAUACGAUAAGCUGGUCAUCGCAGUCGGAUCCGUAACAAACUCUCACGGAGUCAAAGGACUUGAGAACUGCUUAUUCCUUAAAGAUAUUAACGACGCCCGCAUGAUACGGAACCAAGUAAUGAACAACUUAGAACUUGCUUGCCUUCCAACAACGCCCGACGAUGAGCGCAGGAGAUUAUUAUCAUUCGUGGUCAGCGGCGGUGGACCUACGGGUGUCGAAUUCGCUGCUGAGCUCUUCGAUCUGUUGAACGAGGACUUGACUAGGAGAUUUCCUCGACUCAUGCGCAACGAAAUCUCAGUCCACUUAAUACAGAGCCGAGGCCAUAUCCUUAAUACUUACGAUGAGGCACUAUCUAAAUAUGCCGAAGAUCGAUUCGCUCGCGACCAGGUCGAGGUUCUCGUUAAUUCCAGGGUUAAAGAGGUGCAGAAGGAUAAGAUCAUAUUUACACAGAAGACUGACGAUGGCACAAUUGUUACUAAGGAACUUCCGAUGGGAUUCUGUCUGUGGUCGACUGGCGUCUCUCAAUCCGAAUUGUGCCGGCGGAUUGCAGCGAAAUUAGGGCCCGUACAAAGCAACCGCCAUGCUCUUGAAACCGACAGCCACCUGAGACUCAAAGGCACUCCUCUAGGCGAUGUUUACGCCAUUGGUGACUGCUCGACCGUCCAGAAUAAUAUUGCCGACAAUGUCAUCACCUUCCUACGCGGACAUGCUUUCAAGCAGGGCAAAGACCCCGAGACCGUCGAGCUCCAUUUUAGCGACUGGUGUGACGUAGCAUCUGAUGUCAAGCGGCGGUUUCCGCAAGCAGCGUCGCACCUAAAGCGAUUGGACAAGCUAUUUUCUCAGUUCGAUAAGGACCAAUCAGGGACUCUGGACUUUGGGGAGUUGAGGGAGCUAUUAAAACAGAUUGACAGCAAGCUAACGUCGCUACCGGCAACGGCGCAGCGUGCCAACCAGCAGGGCUUAUAUUUGGCGAAAAAAUUUAACAAGUUGGCCCACGCUGCGCCCGGCCUGCGCGCCAAUGAUAUCCGCGAUGGCGACCUUGACGAGACUUGCUACAAGGCCUUCGAAUACCACCAUCUCGGUAGCUUAGCCUACGUUGGCAACAGUGCCGUGUUUGACCUUGGAGGUGGCUGGGGCUUUGCUGGUGGCUUAUGGGGCGUAUAUGCCUGGCGUAGUGUAUAUUUCGCGCAGAGCGUUGAUGUGAGGACGAGAGUGCUGAUGGCCAUGGACUGGGCGAAGCGCGGCCUAUUUGGACGAGAUCUCGUGAGCUUCUAAGCAUGCUGAAGAAGAAAGGGGGGAUAUGACCUCAAAGUUUGGAUUGAGGUAGUGAGUUCUUAGUAAUGAGCUAUACCCUUUUAGAACCUCUUACGAAGGAUAUUUUUGACUCGGAUCUGCCGAUGAGGAUUGAAAUGGUGUUACGGGCGGUUCUGGUUUCCAUCACGAAGUAACGUAGCCUAGAAAGUUAGACCCCAGAGGAACUAGAACUACCCAGUGUUGAUAAAGAUGAGAUAUACCAAGAUUAAUAAUCACCCCUGAACAAGUAGCCGACUCCUAGCUUCUGCUUGGCUUAAAA